AUGGCCCAACCCAUCAUCGUCUACAUCCACGGCCGCAGCCCCAACCCAUGGAAAGUCAUCAUGAUCCUCGAGGAGCUCAGCCUCCCCUACACCGUGAAAAGCGUCGCGUAUAGCGAGAUCAAAUCUGAGCCCUUUAUCAGUGUCAACCCCAACGGUCGACUCCCUGCUAUCGAAGACCCAAACACCGGCAUCACACUGUGGGAGUCCGGGGCCAUCGUCGAAUACCUGGUCGAGACCUACGACAAGGACCACAGGAUCAGCUUCACUCCUGCAACCGCCGACUACUUCCUCGCAAAGCAGUAUCUACACUUCCAGAUGAGCGGACAGGGCCCGUACUUUGGGCAGGCAGUUUGGUUCCUCAAAUUCCAUCCCGAGACUGUUGUGUCUGCCCAGGAGCGGUAUAUCAAUGAGAUUAAGCGCGUGACUGGUGUCUUAGAGGGUAUCCUGAAGGGCAAGGAAUUCCUUGUGGGUGGGAAGCUCAGUUAUGCAGAUGUGGCGUUUCUGCCGUGGUAUAGUCUUGUUGACUCGCCUUUGUUGGCGGGCAAGGUCGAUCUUGCAAAGGACUUUCCAGGUGUCAAGACUUGGUUAGACAGAAUCCAGGCCAGCCAUGGCAUUGCAAAGGCAUUGAAGUUCCAGGACGAGGUUGCGGCUGCUGAGGAACAGAAUUGA